GGCUAAACCUCAGCAGACUGAAGUACUUGACCGCUUAACCUUCAAGUAAAAAGGAGCUGCAACCAAUAUAAUUCAUUUCUGCAAUUUCGUUAAACAUUCUGCCAAAACAGAAGUUGAGAGGUGCACUUUUACUUUUACUUUCAAAUCAGGCGCUUAGUAUUCCACUGAAAUUUCACUUUGGAGAGGCUGCUGUCAGACUUCUAAAGCAAUAAGCGGAUUGCAGAAUGGAUAUCACUCACCAUAAAAGCCAGCUAAAGGAGAACUCAGAGUGUCCUUCUGCACUGCACCAGAUCAGCAGUUUGGCAAAAGAAACCUCAUGGUUUAUGAGUAAGCAAGAAUUAUGCAUUAUGGAAAGUACUGACCUUUAUGAAUGGUGGGAUACCAAAAAAGGGAGUGCCAACUUUGGAUCUAAUGAAGGUUCCAACAAGAAAAAAGCUGUCAGCGAGUACGAAGACACUACAUAUGACGUGUACAAGGCCCUUCUGCUUUUUGUUAGACUCUUUGGUGACCGAGCUGAAACUUUACAGAAGUACAUAGAUGAUCUACGCAGCAUUGCAGAUGGAGUUGACAAAUUUCACAAGGGAGCUACCAUUGCCAGCAUCGCUGGGGGGGCUGUGAGUGCAGCAGGAGGCAUUACAACCAUUGUUGGAUUGAUCCUGGCUCCCUUUACAUUUGGAGCUUCCAUUAUAGUCACCGCUGUUGGUCUAGGAGUAGCUACCGCAGGUGGCCUGAGCAGUGCUUCAGCCACAAUUUCUGAUACUGUAAACACUUCUAUAGAUCGAAAAAAAGUAGAGGCAAUAAUAGAGGGCUACCAAAAAGACAUUAAGGAUGUGGCAGAAUGUAUGGAUUUUGUUAACACUGGCAUAGAGAAUAUCAACCAGAUGAAGAGUUCUCCUGAAAUACAAAACAUGUUCCAAGCAGGUUGCAGAGCUAGCAAAGGCUUUGCCAAUAUUGCUGAAAUUGUCCGAGUGGUCCAGUUGGCUCAAGUAGCAGGGGGUGCCGUCAGAGCAGUUAGAAUUGCAGGAGUGGCAACUGGCAUACUAGCAGGGCUCUUCCUGGGUCUCGAUGUCUUCUUUAUCGCAAAAGACUCCAUUGACCUGCAUAAAGGUGCCAAGACUGAAUUUGCCACAAAAGUCCGUGAAGUGGCGGACGAACUGCAGGAGGGGCUGUUGCAGCUGAGUAAAAUCCGGGAUGAAUUGGAAAUAUCUAUGGAAUUGGAAUUAAUACCUUAUUAGAUUUGCAUUCUGCACAAACAUUAUUAUUUUGUAGUCAGUCAUAGGCAUAAUCCUUUUGAUUGGAGAAAUCGGUCAGUUAAGCAUUUAAUACAUUUUUCAGGUAUUAUACGGUUUAACAGAAUCAUUUUUUUUUAUGUGUUUAUGACCCGUCCCAAGAAUUUGCAGGCUCAGAACUUUGCUGUCAUUUUGAUGAAUACCAUUGGGUGAGAGAUUUAUAUAAUGAACAUCUGAUUGUUUCCUAAGGCAUUGUCACUGAGGUUCCUACUGUAGAUAUCCCUCAAAUUAAAUGGCAGGAUGGUGUUAACUUUAUCACACUAUAUCUUAGAAGAGCAUGAGUUUGUCUUUCAUCCACACUGAUUAGACCUUUUUAGGCAUCUUUGUUCACUCGGAGCACCAUUAUAUAUCACCAAGUCAACAACACUAAAGUCUAAUGUGGUGAUCAUCAUGUGGUAUGAGGUGGAUGGCAAAUACUUGCUUCCCAGUUGGAAACUUCAUGUGAAUGCUGUUCAAACUAUGAGAUCCAAAAGGUUAGACAAUUUGGAGAAUUACUAGAAUUGAAUUCUCACCUUAUUCAUGAUAUAAGAUACUGUAAAUAAUCACCAGGUGAAUCACAAAUGAAAUGUUUGUGGUGACAGAGUAUUUAAAGCAAAACUACACAAGCUUAAUGUGUUUUGUUUCAUGAAAAAUAUGAGAUGUAAUCCUAAUUUGCUAAUUGAGAGUAUUCAGGAGCAUAUCAAGAGCAAACCUGAAUUUCCUCCAAAACUGCAACUGAAAAUUCAUAUGCAACACAAACCAGUGUAAAGGUGAGAUGCCACAAGUGGUAGCUCCAAAAAUUCCUGUAGAGCACAUAAAUGGCACCUAUAGUAAGAAUAUAUGAAAAAUGAUGAUGAGAAGAGGCCACUCAGUCUAAUAUCGCUCAUGAGUCAAGUGGCAUUCAAACCUAAACUGUGCAUAUACAAAAGCUUAUUUUAGUUGUAUAAUCAAUUAAAUAAUUACUGGUUUAUUAAACAAUGCAAAUACAUCAGUUUAUAUAUAUUUGCGGCAAAGAUAGUUUUCAAAAGUAAUUCUCUCAAAUAUUGUGGCUCCUCAAGGUUGUGUUCUGUCUCCAUUGCCAUCUGCACUGUACACAAGUGACCUGAAACAGAACACUGACUGCUGGUCCAUUAUCCUGUAUGCUGAUGACACCACAGUGAUGGGAUGCAUGUCUCGGGAGGAUGAAAUCCAGUACUUUUACUUCAGUGGUCUGUUUAGUAAAUUGGUGCAAAAAGAAAUAUCAUACUCUGAACGGCAACAAGGCUAAAGAAAUAAUAUUUGACUUAAAGCGACAGAAAUCUUCACAUUCACCCAUCUUUGUUCUGAAGGGAGAGGUAGAAAUAGUGACUGAAUAUAAAUACUUAGGAACUAUCCCAGAUAAUAAUCUUAAUUGGAAUAUUAAUACAAAAUAUAUAUACUUUAAAUGCAAUUCAUUCUUAUAUCUCCUCCAUAAAUUCAGGCUAUUUAAAGUCAACAAGGAUCUUGUGCUGUCCUUUUAUCGCAGUGUGAUCCACUCUGUCAACACUUUCAGCUUCAAUUUCGUAGUCUGACAAACCAAACUUUAAAAAAAAACCUCCAGCAGAUUACCAAAGAUGCAGCUGAAAUUAUAUUAGCUGACUUACUGUAGAUAGUUUGGUAAGAGUGUGUCAGGGGGCAAUGCUGAAAAAUCUGGAAAUCGUCUCUGCCGAUGAACUCAACUUCAGUAAAUCCGGGAGGAGUGUCGCUUUAAAAACCCACACAAAUUGUACCAGAAACUCCUUUCUUCCAGUGCCAUAAAUCUUUUUAAUAAGGAAUAUCAGAGAUAAUAAAAAUUUCCCAAAGUGUAGAGCUUUUCAUAUGUAUUAUAUCAAGGCAAAAACAUACCAUCACAGUACAAGAGGCAGUUAUCACAGAAUUUGUUUUCAAAUGAUGUCAAUAUUUUAGAACUUCUGUGUAAGUUUUAACCUGUCUUGUCUCUAUUUAUUUAUUUUUUAAACUUCAUUCCUGUCUGUUGUUGGAUGGGCGGCACAGUGGCACAGUGGUAGCACUGCUGCCUCGCAGUAAGGAGACAUAGGUUCGCUUCCCCGUGUCUGCAUAGGUUUCCUCCCAUAGUCCAAAGACAUGCAGGUUAGGUGCAUUGACAAUCCUAAAAUUGUCCCUAGUGUGUGUGUGUGUGUGCCCUGCGGUGGGCUGGCGCCCUGCUCGGGGUUUGUUCCUGCCUUGCACACUGUGCUGGCUGGGAUUGGCUCCAGCAGACCCCUGUGACCCUGUGUUAGGAUAUAGCAGGUUGGAUAAUGACUGACUGACUGACUGUUGUUGGAUGCAGCUGAGGAGGGAAAUUUCAUGUUUUUUUUGUGUGAACAUGACUAUAUUAAAGCCUUGAACCUUGAACUGGCAAGACAAAAGCACAUUUCAGUGCUAUAAAUUAAGACCAACAAGAUCCAUGUUUAGACUCAAUACAGUUGAGCUCGGCCAGGUAGAGUAGGAAUUGUGAAAUUGGAGAAUCAUCAUCAAAAGACAUGAGAUAUUGCCUGUUUAGGAAAAAAAAUGUUGAAGGUGGAUGAUAGAAUUGUUCUAACCUGAGAGUAGUACUAGGGUGGUUCUGUAUGCUGCUUUCCACUAGUAAAUAGCUCAGCUCCUGUUUUCACUUCCGUUUUUUAACCACAGAUUGAUGGAAAAGCCCUUAACCUUCAUGUCUCACUCACUUUCUGCUUCAUAUUUUAAACCCAUACUGAUGGACAUACCUUUGGUGAGUUUGUUGUGACUUUGUGGUCAGUAAUUAGUUCAGACCUCGUUGUCAUACUGGCGAAAAGACGGCAGUCAACGCAUUGUAACUCUUGAUGCCUUCUUUAAACAUUACUCUGGUUUGUUUAGAUUUGUUUUGUUGCAUGUGGCACUCCGUCCUUAUACAGAACAGAUCUGUACUUUCAUUCUGAGCAAACAAGCACUUACUGUACUGACAGUGUUCAAAGUGCCCCAGAGCCGGUGAUCCGUGAUGAUCCAAAUGAUUUAAACGGAGGAACCGGAAAAGAGCAUUAAGUAAAUACUUAAACAAGAGUUUAAGAAAACAGCAGUGGCAUAAUGGCUAAGCCAUCAGCCUUAGAGAUGAGGGUUGUGGGUUUAACAUCCACUGUUUACACAUGUUUUAAGGGAUGAAUAAAUCUAACCAAUAUACAAUUUUAAGUAAUUGUUCACAUACUAUUGAAGGAGUAGCAGUAAUAGUAUUUCCAAUUGUGCAGACUGCAGUGAAGUUCUUACUUGCACUGCCGACCACCACGUGAAUAAGACUUUCACUGUACUCUGUACACAUAACAAGACAUUUAUUAGAAAUUAAGAGGAAGUUCAUUUAAGACAGAACCUUACUCUCUCUGUGACAAAGUACACAAAUAUCCAUCAAUCACAUCUUAUGUAAUUAAAGUACAUUGUAAUGCCUUCUUUAGAGUUUAACUUUGUAACAGAAACACAGCUUGAAUCAGACCAUUAGUUUGGUUCUUCUUCCUAGUAUUGGUGAACAUUGCCUAAGUCAACAGUAUGCUUGGGGACACCUAGUGGAGGCUAAAGUGAAGUACAUUUCAAAUUAAAACAAAGGCACACUUCAUCACACAAAAGGCUGUGAGAUUCAGAAACUAAAUGUUGAAGCUUUGAGACUGAGAUUAUUUUUGAAAACUUUCCAGAUGAUAACAUACUCUGUAAAAUUAGCUUUUAAUUACAAGUAAAAUAUGUUUUAUUUCUUUUUAUUAUUAAUGUAUUCAUUCAAUUUAUUAUAGCACAUUAUAUACUGUGUGUGUUACAUUUUUUUGAAGAUUUUUGCUAUUAGAAAAUCAAAGAAGCUUACUGGACUUAAAGAAGCCUUUCUUUUGGCAACAGCAAAUUGCUGUAGAUUCUAAUUAUAGGUUACUAGACACUAAUUGUCAUGUUUAAUUCAAUUUCUCUGCUCGUGUUCUCAUUAAUAUUCAAAGUGUGUCAAGGUUAUAAAAUUUACAAAAGAUGCUUACUAGUGAUAAGCAAAACAUUAUACAUAAAAAUUCUGUGCUUUGCAAAAAAAUUCUCAAAAUAAAUUGUCUUUUGCUUCCAGCGAAAUCUGUGCCCUAUAAGAAGAAAGGCACUUAAUUCCUUUGUGGAAGCAUUUUCUUGCAUUAAUUCAGCACAUGUCUGCUUGUCAUUUCAUAUUUAAAUGAGGGUCUGUAGUGAAAGAAAAACUGGAAGUGUGCAUAUCCUCAAAUAGGAUGGGGGGCUUGAAGGUAAUGUUGGGUGGUUUCCUGUGAAAUGAGAUUUUUCUUUGCAGAAAACACAUCAGUAUGCAUGAUGGUGUGUUUCAGUGAGUUUUCAUGUCAAAAGUAUGUAGACUGUCACAUAAACAACACCGAGUUUACUGGCGCAGUACAAAAUAUAUGCAUUACCCAGUGGAAGAACAGAGCCCAGGUAAAAACAGAAGAGUGAAUGAUGUUUUAGGGAGCAGGACCCUUUAGACAGUUAGUUAAGGGUCAGUGGGACCCUUUAGUCAGCUAGUUAGUUCUGCAAAAUCAACUGUAAAAUUAACUUUAGUGACAGUGAUUCUUUAAACUGCAUGCAAAUCAAAACUUGCCUAUUGUGCUCAUCUCUUAUGUUUCCCGCUUUCAUUUCUUUGGAAUGGAAAAUGUGAGAUCCAAAAAUGCUUGGAUAAAAGAAAUUUCCCAAUAUUUGUAGAUGUUUAAAGGAAAAUAAUUCUUUUAACCGGCAGAUCUGUCGAUUCUGUGAAUUAAAUUCCCAUUCUUCAUAAAUGUCCUAUUCAGUGGUUGCUUAUGUCACAUUUUUAAUCUUGGCUUACAUGGAAUAAUCCUAUGUCACCUUAUGAGUUACAUAAACUAAGUAAAAAUCUAAAUUUUUCUCACUGUCAUCUUUGCAAAGUAACUGGACUACGGAGACCUUUUAGAUUUUGCUUUUCCACUUCCAGUGUAGUUGCAGACAUUUUUGUGUUUUUCCCUUCUUUCUUACUUCUCUAUUUUUUGGAUUAGAAAGGAGAAAUAAGAACUGGAACAUCUAAUAUUUAAAAAUUACUUAAAAGCUCAUUGCCUUAAUAUAACUUUAAUUAUGUAUCUAAAUGGUUUUCAUAAUAUUUCAAUAAAAAUAAACUUUAUUUUGUACAGAU